AUGGCAGACGAAAACACCUCAGAGAGUUCUGGCAAGAAUGAUCAGCCACUGGAAAAGUAUGCAGAUAGAGAGCGAUAUGCCGGACUAGGUGAUGAUGGAACUGGUCCCAUUGAUGCUUUGAGUAUCGAUAUUGGAGCAGUGGAAGAUCAAGUGUUCUCCAUGAGUGAGAUCGAUCCAGUGCUUGACGCAAAGAUGCGCCUCGUGAACAAGCUAUUCUUUCUAAACGGCUUCGGAUACGCCGCUGACUCUCUCAUUCUCGCGCUCCAGGCUGUGACUGCCAGUCAAGCUGCUCUUGAGUUCCAGCCGUCAUUUGCAUAUGGCCUUAAUGUUGCUGUGUAUACAGGCAUGCUACUCGGAGUAUUGUUCUGGGGACUAGGUGCGGAUGUAAUCGGUCGCCGGUUUGCAUUCAACGUCUCCCUUUUCUCCUCGUCUAUUUUUGCCAUCGUUGCUGGUGCGUCACCUAAUUGGAUCGUGCUUGCAACUUUUGUUGGUCUAGCUGCAUUCGGUGCCGGCGGAAAUCUUGUACUUGACACUACAGUAUUCCUCGAGUUCCUUCCUAGCAAUAAGCAAUGGCUGAUUACGAUGAUGGCAUGUUGGUGGGGCCUCGCGUAUGUGAUUGUUGCAGCAUUCUGCUGGCCCAUUUUCUCGAAUCCGAAAUAUACUUGCGAGAGUGUCGCUGCUUGCACCAAAGACAACAAUAUGGGGUGGCGGUAUAUCUGGUACGGCAAUGGAGCUCUGGUGUUCGUCUGCAGUGUUUUACGAGUCACGGUGAUUCGGCUCAGAGAGACUCCCAAGUAUCUGCUUAUCAAAGGUGACGAUGCUGCAGUUGUCGAGAUUUUCCAGGAAAUCGCUCAUAAGUAUCACCGGCCAUGCCGCCUGAGUCUAGACUCAUUGAGGUCUCUUGGUACUAUCGACUCCACCUAUGGCGCAUCUAGAUACAGUGUCGGCGAGUUCUGGGCGCACAUCCGUGGAUUGUUUGUGACUAAGAAGUUGGCAGUCUCGACACUCAUGAUUUGGUUAUCGUGGCUUCUAGUUGGAUUGGCAUAUCCACUCUUCUAUGUCUUCCUUCCCGAUUAUCUCGCCACGCGCGGCGCUCAAACCGGAGAGACAGGUGUGUAUUACCAGUGGCGAAACUACAUGCUCAGCAGCGUCGCUGGUAUUUUUGGUCCUAUAGCUGCUGCGUUCAUGUGCAAUUUCAAGCUACUUGGUCGCAAAUACACAAUGGCAAUUGGCGCUCUCAUCACCAUGGCCUUAUUCUUCGCCUAUACUAGCGUACAGACUCCAGCCCAAAAUGUUGGUCUGAGCUGUGCGAUUUCUUUUUCCUUGAAUAUCUAUUACGGCACCCUAUACGCCUAUACUCCAGAGUCUCUACCCUCAGCACAUCGUGCGACAGGCAAUGGAAUCGCCGUAGCGUGCAAUCGAGUCAUGGGGUUGGUGUCCUCAUUCGUAGCUGCGUACGGUGACACUGCGACAUCAGUGCCAAUCUUUGUGUGCGCCGCACUCUACAUCGUUAUGGCUAUUGUGGCUAUCCUAUUUCCUUUUGAGCCUUACGGCAAGCGAGCUAUGUAG